CAGGAGUUUUGUUUUGACCUUCUUGAUGUUAGUUUCUUUUGCAAUUAGAGUAAUAAUAUGUAAUUACACAGACAACUUAGGCAUGACGUCAUGAUGAGAGACGCCAAUCUUUCACGGAGGGGACGAGGGGGAGGCAGUCUCUCCUUUCUUUAUCCGGUCACGUACACAUGAUUGAGUCUUAAGUACUUAUUGUCAUUGAAAACAUAAACAUUAUGCGAGAGAAAAACAAAAAGAUGCGCUGUUUUCUUGUUGCCUCUUUUCCGGCGUGUGCGUUCGCUGAGCUCACGAACAGCCGACGCGCACAAGAAGUUGACGCGUCUGGUGAGACAAUAGAUGCGAGUGAUGAUACUCUUAUGGAACACACGACUUGAUUGAAGAACUACCCAGUUUAUUACACAUGAAGGGUCAUUAUUUCACUUCAAUGGCUCACAUGUAGGGCUUUGAGCGAACAAGUUUAAGUUUUGCAGUAACUUGGGAUCAACAUUCACACAGUAGCGCCAUAUAUUUGUACCAAUGAUGUUACAGAGCAAGUCAUCUUUUCCUCUCAUUACUGCGGGCGCGGAUUCCAGUGGAGACCGGAGCCGGAGCGGCCAUAUAAAAGAACAGCGCGGCCAUAUCGGCGAAGUUCGCCGCCACGUGACCAACAAGCGGAGGCGGAAGACGAACAAGGUCGACAACCCUUUUCUACAACUACCCGGCUGGCCUUUGCCAAGUGGUACACAGAGAUAAUAUAUGUUUGUAGUACAACAGAUAUUUUAUUAGCAUUGAUGCCAGUCUUGUUCCUCCACUGAAGAAUACGUUUAUGGUUCUUCGCAAGAAGUGUUAUUCUUUUGGGCAUAUCCAUUUCAUCCCUUUACAAAACGAAAAACUAGCUUUUCCUUUUCUCAACUCAGGUGAAGAUGCAGAAGGGGACGCUUCAGGAAGAAGUAGUUGGGUUCAGACGCACACUGCCGGUGGCGUGGGCGACGCACUCGUGUACGGCAGUCCAAGCAUACCGAUAGCAGGAGUGUACAAUAACUCGACCCUUACGAGUUUUGGUUUGGACAAUUCGUUUCUGGAAAAGAUGAUAAUCUACUUUAAGGCGAAUGCGAAUGAUCCGGGUGCAGCUUCUCCUGGUUCUGUUGCUGGCGACGACGCCUCAGCGUCGCGUAAUAUCGCUGGAGGUGCGGGAUCACAGCCACAGGGUAAGAGCACACACAAUUCGCUUUCGGUGACGGAGGAAGGCUUGAAAGCGAAACAGACGGGAAUCUCAGGGGCGAAUGGUGGCGGCGACAAGGCUGCACCAGCACACACUGACAAUAUCAAACUGCCAGAAGGCAUCAGCGAGGAAUCGCUGCUCAGCGUGGACAUCAGAGAAAUGAUCAAGCCGGGGAUUCUGAUUCUCGAUAGAAGAAACAUCGGCUUUUCCGAGAGAUUGUGGCGUGAUGUGGACAGACCAAACGCCCCAGCUGACGGGGCGGCGAACAUGGAGGCCAAGAGCCUUGAGGAUGUCGCGAAGGCGUUGAGCAUCGACUUCGGCGUGCUGGUGCAAUAUAUCAAGGCGUCCAGCGCAUUUGUCAAUGCGGUCGCCAAAACGCUCGCAAGCAGUGAACAGGAAGCAGCUGGUUCUGGUAACUAGAAACACUUUUUUGUCCAUUGUUGGUUUCGUGAAAAAGUAGCUUAGUCCAACUAGUUUUCCAAGAUCUGGAUAUGCAUAUGAUUUGUACAUAUGUUCACUGUGUUCGUCCCCCAUUUUUCUAUACCAGAUGUAUUAAGCACGGAUGGCGGUGUUCGUAAAGAGAGCACAUCUACUUCUACAUCUACUUCGGCUUCGAGUGAUGAGGCCCCCGCGGAGCAGAAAGGCACCACGGAACAUACGACAACCUCGAAGGCGGAUGGUGGCCAGGGCAAAAAUACUGGCAUCGGGAAGGACGAAUCGCAGCUCAGCGUGGACAUCAUCUUCGAAAGGAUCAGGCCUGGGAUUCUGAUUCUCGACAGGAAAAACGACGGCUUCGUCAAGAGAGCGAACGCCAUAGCUGACAGGCUGAAGCUGAACAAUGACGAGAGAGAGACCAGAACAAGCCCUAUUCCGGGUAUCGCUCUGGCGUUGGACAUCGAUUCCAGCGUACUGGUCCAGUAUAUCGAGGCGUCCAGCGCAUUUAUCAGCGCGGUCCAAAAUUCGCCCGCAAACAGUGAAGAGGAAGCAGCUGCUGGUCCUGGUAACUAGAAACACUUUUUUGUCGAUUGUUGGUUUUGUGAAAAAGUAGCUUUGUUCUACGAGUUUUCGAAAAUCUGGAUAUGCAUACUUUUAUUCAAAUGUUCAUUGUGGAUGUGGUCCUCCCCCAUUUUUCUAUAUCUAUACCAGAUAGAGAUCGAGCUUCCGCUUCGGGUCCCGCCAAAGCGCCGAAUGCUGGAGCGAGUGGUAUUGAGAUCCGAAACGCGUUCAGUGGUGGAAUAUUUUACAGAGGAAGCGCAGAAAUGUCUCUACGACUGAGGAAUAUGAAUAUUCUAAGCCUGAAGCUUUUCCUGUUUUUGCGUCACGGUGUUCGUACGACUUUGGUGUCUGCCAAGAAGCAUGAACCACUAGCGGAUGAGGACCUCGUGGAUACUGUGCUGAACAGAGGCGAUAUUGCGAGCGUAAAUGUGCCACCAGUAGGUAUAAUUUGGUGUCCGACUUAUAGAGGAUAGGAAAAAUGUGAAGACAAGCAAACUGUGUACUCUAUGACGGAAUUCCGUGGUCUGGGAAUUCAUCCUAACCUGCACGGGUCGGGUGUGGGUGAGAAAAUAAAGAAUACUUAGUUUAGUUCGCAAGGUGAGGCUUUCUCUCAUGUCCGUGUGCUGUUACAGUAUAUUGACGACGUGUUUGAGUAUGGGUUUAUAAUCCGCUCCCACAUCUACUACAACCCAGAUUUUUCGACGGGUUGGAUUUCUGCGGCAUAUGCUUUAGCCACUGCGAUGGCCAAGCAGGCCGACACCCCAUGGAAUAUACCGGUGGAGGACGAUCAAACCGCGCUAGACAUGGGGACGAAAGUAAUCGAAUGCCUUCAUCAAACGGCAGCGCAGGGUAGAAGUACGUUGUCACUACCAAGACCAUAAAAAUAAAUCUAAAUGAGAAAUGUCCUGAAAAUAAAUGCAUUCUGCUUCCCUUGUAUUUCGUCAGCAGACUGGUACUGGCCUGACUACACUGAAACUCGUCCAGGUAUUGAAGGGAGCACCCAAGUCGGUCAGAGUAUGCUGGAGUUGCGGGGUGAAUGUCGUGAUACGGGGAUGAAGAUACGGAUGUCGAAUGGAAGAGGAAGUAAGGAUCUCGUCGCCCGAUGGACCAUGGUGAGAGGCGGCUCAGAGUCAACAGAAGCGAGAGGCCCCAUAGGAAGUCUUGGCAUCCAGUCGUCCUCGAACAAGUGCAGCAAGUAAGAGACAACCAGCUUCCGAAGGUCCUAAGCAGUUCCGAGCUGCUCGCUUGGGUGUUGUUCUGGGGCUUCCGUGCUUUUUGCGUUGUUAUUGCUUUGGCAUCGGCGGAGGCGGGUGUCUGUGUACGCCGGCCUCCUUGUUGUCUUGGUCUUGUUCUUCCGUUUGGCUUGGGCAGUGUUUCUGCGAGGCGGAAACCGCGUACCAACGUCCUGGGCAAUAGUCGCCGCCCCCAUGGAUUCAGCACGCCUGCCGCGGCUCGUGCUCGUCUUUGUUGAUUAAAGGGCAGCGACGCCCCUAUUAUUCGGAACUGUGUACUUAGCUAUUUUUCUCUCAACCCCGGGUGAGUGAUUAAAGGUCACCGAGAUGGCAUGCUGUCGGAAUAGAAAGAAUAGUACCUAGUUAGUAUUUUGCGAAGCGACGUGGAUAGAAGAUGAGCUCGGUCCACGAGACUGUCCCAAAUCAGUCGAAGGGCCCGGCCUCUCGCAUGCGGGUGCGUUGGCUGCCGUCUUAGCACAUUGAAAAACCCCCCACGGCGUAGAGUGUCGGGCGGCUAGGUUUCGCGCGCCCAUCUUCAUCCGAGAGAGACUAGAUCUGUCGCCCAAUGAGUUCCUGGGGGGCUGUUCAGAGUGAGUGGCUUUAGAUUACUUAGUUUCCGUAUCAGUUCGUCUCAUGGUGGCACCAUUUGAAGAAGACAACGAGGCGACACUCUAGCGCGCGACGAAGGUCGCGCGGUGAAAGACCUGCCAAAGACUAGCCCACGCUGAUCAGGACGCUUCGCGGCACCUUUGUGAUAGCAAAGUAGCAUAAUGAUACGGAAUCCAGCCAAACAUUCACGACCUUGCAUCAUCACUAAAUUGCACAGCACUAGGCGGUAGUCUAUGUCUGGCGAAGGCCUCGGGCAUGCCACCAGACCUGACAGCCUAUGGCAGACCUCUGAUAGAUAGUCGCGCGCUUUAUAUAAGUAAACGCUUUUAAUAAUAAGCGAUCCCAUUUGCAGCUUAAAUAAUGGUAGAGCUAGAGCGCCUCGAAGUCGAUGCUUCUACUAAGAUUCUACAUCUGGUGACGCCAGCGUGAUAAGUAUAGUGCCCCCCUUUCUUGCCAGCAGAGAAAUUAGGGGACACAAAUGUGCUGGCGCGUUUGCGUUUCUCCUCUUAGUAUUGCGUUCGCUCUGGCCCUCGUGGUGUCGUGUGGCACUUUGUACUGCUUGUAGUCAAGAAGCUGGUGACGUGUUCUUCCUUCAUUAAGAAACUCUUGGGGAUGGGGCCACACCAGACUCAGCAUCAGGCUUAAGAACAAGACCGAAAGCCAGCCCCCGUAGACCCAACACAACUCGACGGCGCCACGUCGAGGUCCUACGUAGGCCAGUCAAUUAAUUAGUGCAGCGGCUCUCUCACUCUCGGAUUCUUUCUGUCGAGGUGCUGUCGUGUUGUCUUCGGCAAUUUUCGUAGCGCUGUUGGUGGACAAGAGAGGCAUAUCGCCGCACCCCUCGACCGCCUUAGUCAACUUUGUCUGAAGGCCCACAAGGAUGACCCAGCAAGGCAAAGGCCCUGCGGGGCUUCCAUCGUCCGCGCCACCACUUCUGCGCCCGUACCGUUGAGUGCAAAAGCAAAAGUGGAGCCAGAGCCACAGGAGUGCGCCGCUCCUUGUGCCUUUUAAAAAAACUCGCGCACGGCGGGUCCCUCGGUUGUUGUCGAGAUAUUUGCGCGUGGCUUCCUUGAAGAGCAAGCCUGGCUCGCUGUGCGGCUCCUUAUUUCCGCUUUUGGUUCAGAUAGUGAGUCGUCACUACUUGGGGUGUGUGUUGUUUGACCCCUAGGCCUAGACCGUCCCCUCUUUAGCUGUAGCGGUGUAUGUUGGUCUACUGUCCGUCGUCGCGGUGUGUUCGGUUCGGGGGGUUGGUUGCAUAGUAGUCUUUAAUAUUCUCAGGACGUGCCACAAUAGUAGAAGCCAUGAGCAAGGAGUUCGACGCCUCUUCCCACCUGAACGAUAUGAUCGCACCAAAGGAGACGAGGAAUCCGACGCGGCUCUUCUUUUUGUGGUCGUUGGAUAUGUCUUAUAACGCGUGUGUGAUGCUGUCUCAAGUUGACGUGCUGGCCAGCGAUUCCAAAGUGAUUGGUUGGCAUGUCCAUGUGUUCGAUUUCAGCGAUUAUCCUAAAUCGACGCAGCGGUAAACUACUUGGAGAUCAUGAUGAAGAUCUAGAUGAAUAAGUAAACCGUUCCGGGAGCCGAUGCUCGUGCCAGCAGCGUGCUUCAGGAACUAUUAGUAUUAUGCGACGGGAGAUAUGGUAGUUCAGCUUCACCCUUCAGGUCACAAGGAACUCAUGUAUUACGUUUGAGAUGUUCCAAUAUAGGACAUCCCAGUAACUACUUGUCGAUCUUUCCAUUUCUUUCUAAGCACGACACAUGCAGCACACGUCGACGACCAUAGCCUCGCAGGAAAUAGUAAAAAGACCCUGGGUCUCGUCCGCAGCAGAGGAGCGCCUGGAUAUCAGAGGUAGGGGCUUUGCUGGGGAAUGAAAUUAACGGAUCAUACUUUUGACAUGAAUGAAAUUAAAAAGUGCUCGCAUGAGGUUGACCUAUCUCCACAGCGUCACAACGUGGAGGACCACAACGAUUUUUGGACUUGUUGACAUGAAGAAUUUCCUACCGCCGAACGGAAUGCGCCGAUUAGUACAACAAGAAAGCUGUGACGAACACGCAGACAAAAAUAGAUAACGCACACAACGCGAUUCUUGAAAGCACAAUCUUACACCACAACCUCAACCAGUUUUGCUUCUCAGGAGCCAUCUGAAGAUGUUACACUUAUUG